AGGUGUAAUGGUAUCAUAGGCAGAGGAGGUAACGGAGGCGGUGGUGUCAUCCAUGGCGGGGGAAGCACCACAGGAGGAGGUGGCAUUAUUAACGGAGGAGGCACCACAGGAGGAGGUGGUUUUCCCGGCGGAGGCAGCACUGCAGGAGGAGGCAGAAUUAAUGGCGGAGGAAGCACCAUCGGAGGAGGAGGCACUACAGGAGGAAGUAGCAUCACAGGAGGUGGUGGUAUCACAGGAGGCGGCAGCAUCAAUGGAGUCAUCAAUGGAGGUGGCAUCACCGGCGGUGGCAUCACCGGCGGUGGAGGAAGAGCUGUGUGUCAUGAGCCAUGCCUUAAUGGUGGAAAGUGUGUGGGCCCAGAUCGGUGUGCCUGUGUAUACGGAUUUACUGGCCGUAGAUGUGAAGCAGAUUACCGUACUGGCCCUUGCUUUACCAAAGUUCAGCAUGACAUGUGCCAGGGCCAGCUGCCUGGAGUCGUUUGUACCAAGCAGUUGUGCUGUGCUACAAUAGGCAAAGCAUGGGGACACCCCUGUGAACACUGCCCAUCAAGACUUGAUUGUAAUAAGGGUUUCCUGAAAAACAUUCACAGUGGAGACUGUGUUGACAUAGAUGAAUGUGAAGCCAUUCCAGGCUUGUGUGAAGGAGGUAUUUGUGUCAACAGCAUAGGGUCUUUUACCUGUGAGUGUCCAGAAGGACAGGCAAGAAACCCAGAGACCAAUGCCUGUGAAGACCGAGAUGAAUGUGCUGAGGGAGACCAAUGUGAGAAUGGUCAUUGUGUUAAUACAGAUGGGAGUUUCUAUUGCAGCUGCAAUACAGGCUUCAUUCCUAGUCAGGAUCGUAAAAAAUGUAUUGAUGCACGCCAAGGAUUUUGCUACACGGAAAUCAAUAGCAAUAAUCGGUGCAGAAAGCCACUAGCCAUACCCCUUACGCGUCAUGCUUGCUGUUGCAGCAAGAAUAUGGGGAAGGCUUGGGGUGAAGGCCGCAAUGACUGCGUGCCUUGUCCUAUGCCAGGAGAAGAGUUGUACCAGCGUCUCUGCGAGCAGCCAGGGUCUCUUAUGCCUCCCGUGGAUGAAUGCACUCUAAAUCCUGGUCAGUGUGGUGAAGGAGGACGUUGCAUUGAUACUGCCAGUGGCUACAUCUGCCAGUGUUACGAUGGAUUCACCAAUGUGCAGGCUUCGGACAGAUGUGUUGAUGUGGAUGAGUGCCGGGAAGGAGCUUGUCGUGGGGGCCAGUGUUACAAUACCAUUGGCAGCUUCAGAUGUCGUUGUCCUAUUGGUUUUGACUUGUCUUCAGAUGGACGUACCUGUAUUGAUCAUGAUGAAUGCAGUGAAACAGGCAUGUGUGCAAAUGGUGUCUGCACAAAUAUGGAUGGAUCUUUUAAAUGUAUAUGCAAUGAUGGAUAUAUUUUAUCUUCAUCAGGCUUUGCUUGUAUAGAUAUUGAUGAAUGUGAGGAAAAUCCAAGAAUUUGCUUAUUUGGUCGUUGUGAGAAUUUAGAUGGCAGUUAUCGAUGUGUAUGCAAUGAUGGCUAUACACAUGUCAAGGAUGGUAGCUUUUGCACUGAUGUUGACGAAUGCGGUGAGACAGGCAUGUGUGAUCAUGGCUCAUGUGUUAACAUGGAUGGAUCCUUCAAGUGCGUCUGUCAUGCUGGAUACACCUUGUCUCCUAGUGGGAAGACUUGUAUUGACAUGGAUGAGUGUGCCUCAGGGCCCUGUAAAAAUGGUCAGUGCAUCAAUACUGAAGGGAGUUUUAGGUGUGAUUGUCCACCAGGUUUCACCCUUGGGGUUAAUGGUGUCACAUGCCUAGAUACAAAAUUGGACUUCUGUUAUGCCAUGUAUCGUGAUGGCCAGUGUUCUAAUCCAUCCACAACACCCACUACAAAAUCUGCCUGUUGCUGCUGUACGGUUGUGUUGGGUCAGCCAAUGGGUUGGGGGACACCAUGCCAAGCCUGUCCACAACCUGGUUCCCAGGAGUUCCUUGGCCUUUGCCCUCAUGGGUUUGGCAUCACACACGAGGGUGAUGACAUCAAUGAGUGUGCCCUGAACCCUGCUAUUUGCCGCAAUGGAGCUUGUGAGAACCUAGAGGGAGGCUACAGAUGCAUCUGUAAUUCUGGCUACAUGGUGGAUGACAGCGGACGGCAGUGUCAUGACAUUAAUGAGUGUGCCAUUGACAACCUUCUGUGUGAUGGUGGUCAGUGUCGGAACACACCAGGGAGUUACCAGUGCAUCUGUCCAUCCGGUACUCAGCUAAAUCCUAACACCCAUGUUUGCAGUGAUGUGGAUGAGUGCAAUGAAUUAGGUGAAGAUGCCUGCGUUGGAGGCACCUGUGUAAAUGUUAUUGGUUCUUAUAGGUGUGAAUGUGAUGAAGGCACCAUUCUGGACUCCACUGGCAGAUACUGUAUUGGUCAUCUUGGAAGAUAUUGAUGAAUGUGCAGAGAUGGAGAACCUCUGUGGGAAUGGCCGAUGCUCCAAUACAUUUGGUGGAUUCAUGUGUUCUUGUGCCAGAGGUUACACCUUGAACAGUGGAGGCACUCUAUGUGUAGAUAUUGAUGAAUGUGCUGAUCAUACAAAGUGUAAAAAUGGUCACUGCAUUAACACAAUUGGAGGAUUUGAGUGUGAGUGCCCUCCAGAUUUCAGUUUACUACCCAAUAGGGUUGAGUGUGUGGAUAUGAGAGUUGAAACAUGCUUCACAAAGUAUGAAGAUGGAGUAUGUUCCCUUCCAAUGAGAAUGGAUAUCACAAGGAUGAAAUGCUGCUGCUCCCAGGGAAAAGCAUGGGGUGCUAACUGUGAACCAUGUCCAAGGGAAGGCACAAGAGAAUAUAUGGAACUGUGCUACUCAGGCAUGGUAGGUCCAAGCUUAACUGGGGGAGGGCGGGUGGGAGUUGGCCCUGGAGAAGACGGUUAUAGGAGACCUGGAGAACCUGGAUAUGAUGAGACCUUAGAAGAAGGUGGCACAUAUGGUGGACCAGGUGGCAGAGGUGGACCACGUGACAGAGAUGAUGGAUUUGGACGUGACAGAGAUGAAGAUGGUAGAUAUAGACCAGGUGACAGAGAUGAUGGAUUUGGACGUGACAGAGAUAGAGAUGGCAGAUAUAGACCAGGUGACAGAGAUGAUGGAUUUGGACGUGGCAGAGAUGGAGAUGAUCGAUUUGUAACUUCAGACAGAGAUGGGGAUAUGAGACAUGAUAUAGGUCAGCAAGGGACGGUAUUCAAUCCUCGAACAGGUACACUUGAAGAUUUUGACGAGUGUGAGUUGAUGGGUCACAUGAUGUGCAAAAAUGGACGAUGUAUAAACACCAUGGGUUCUUUCCGCUGCGAAUGUGACCAUGGAUUUCGUUAUGAUGAGCCAAGUCAUAUGUGUGUUGAUAUUGAUGAGUGCGAAGAAUUAACUCCAUGUCAAGGAUUAGCCAAGUGUGAGAAUACCUUGGGAAGCUACCGAUGCUCUUGUCCGACAGGUUACAAGAUAAACAGACUUACUAAUGAUUGUGUUGAUAUCAACGAAUGUGAGCAAGGAGGUGUAUGCCAACAUGGUGUGUGCAAUAAUUUCCAGGGAAGCUUCCAGUGCAUUUGUGACUCAGGAUAUGUACUGACAGCUGACCGUUCCUCUUGCAUUGAUCUUGAUGAGUGUGUUCGUUCACCAAACAUCUGCAACAACGGAACUUGUAUCAACUCUAUGGGUUCUUUCCGUUGCCAGUGUCACAGAGGUUUUAAAAUUGGACCCAAUCAUGACUGCAUUG